ACCACAUACACACCCUAAGGGAACAAAAGGAAAUUAAGCAACAUCCAGCUAAAAUAAAGAUGAUUCUCCCCAUUAUCUUCAUCUUUUGCGUUCUCUCCUCCUACUCUCAAGCUUCUGUGCUAGAUUUCUGUGUUGCAGAUUAUGCUGCUCCUAACAACCCUUCAGGAUAUUCUUGCAAGAGCCCUUCAAAGGCCACUGUGGAUGAUUUUGUAUUCCAUGGCCUAGGUGUUAAAGGUAACACCUCAAACAUUAUAAAAGCCGCGGUGACACCGGCGUUCGAUGCUCAAUUUCCCGGCCUCAAUGGUCUUGGAAUUUCCUUGGGUCGUUUAGACUUGGACAAGGAUGGAGUUAUACCAAUGCACACACAUCCUGGAGCUUCGGAAGCACUUGUUGUUGUGCAAGGGUCAAUCUGUGCCGGCUUCAUUGCGUCUGAUAACACAGUCUUUAUCAGAAAUCUCAAGAAGGGGGAUGCUAUGGUGUUUCCACAAGGCUUGCUUCACUUCCAGAUCAAUGCAGGUGGCUCUUUGGCUCAGGCUAUUGCGUCAUUCAGUAGUGCGAAUCCUGGCCUCCAAAUUCUUGAUUUCGCAUUGUUCAAGAGUGACUUGCCCACUCCAAUUAUAUCGGGCACCACUUUCCUCGAUCCUGAGCAGGUGAAGAAGCUCAAGGGUGUUCUAGGAGGCAAAAAUUAAGAGUAUUAUUAGGAGAGUGCUGUCCUUGUAGGAGUCUCAAGAGUGUCUCUUUUGUUAGAUUUAACUUUCAUUUUAGAUUAAUCAGGAUAGUAAGCAGAUGAUUUUUCUUGAGAAGUGAUCGUGGGACAAGUGAUAAAAGUGGCAGUCUGAUGUGGUUCUUGUGUGUUUUGUUUCCAGUGGUCAAGGAUGUGUUCAACUAUUGUCCUGAUGAGAGAAAGGUCGAGAGUAUCUCUUUUGUUAAUUGGAUUCUCAUUCAACAUCCUGACUUUGGUUUUUAAUUUCAGAUUAAUCAACCUUGUACUGGAUUCUUCUUGA